GGAGGCUUGUAGAUCUUUGAUGGAAUUAUUUGUUAAGUAUGAUAAAGAAAGCAGAAUUGGUGACAAAAUUAGAAAGGGCUAACGGACCAUCUGAUGGUGUUUUUAUAAAGGAUUCUGAAAUAAAAAUGAAGAAAAGUGCUGAUUUGGAAAGUAAAGAAUUGUUUACAAGUAAGGAAAAUGUGAAUGAGAAAUCUAAAAAAUCUGAAACAAAACUACAAAAGGAUAGUAGAUCUGAAAGCAAAAAGGAUUUGAAAAUCAAUGUUGAUGCUAAAAAUGUCAAAGGUCAGAAGUCAAAUUCUGAUACAAAGUCACCUAAAAGGUCAGAGGUGAAGGUUAAGGAUGUGGAUUCAAGGAAACGAGGUCAGGCCAUGAGACGUCUCAGAGGGUCUGUACAUACAAUACAAGCCCUUUCAAUGCUCAGUAAUAAGCUGAAAAAUCGAAAAAGAGAUGGUACUCCAGACAAGUCGGGAACACCUUCCCAAGAUGCAAUGCCUGAUGAGUCGGCAGCUUCCGCCCGCAAUGUCAUCUGGAAUGAAGAAAUUGAAAAACUGCAGAUAAAAGAUGAAGAACUUGUCAAGGUAAGGGAACCUCGCCCACCUGAGUCAGGUAGAAAAACUCCUGUAACAGAAAGACUGACUGUCAGGAAAUUAAAACCAGCCGAGGAGCUCAACAGACCUAAACCUAAAGUGGUGACAGUUGCCAAACCUGCUCCACCAGAUGCCACUGUUAAACCUAUGGACCUGUCAGGUUUUGCUGGACCGAGGUAUGAUGCUGCAGGUAAUGUGGUAGCCCACAGCAUUCUGGGAAAUUACGAGGACUUCCAGAAGGAAGCCGUUGAUCGUGGCGAUCUUAUGGACAUAGCAACUGUAAGGAAAGAAGACAUGCAGUCAUCUGCUCUGACCUUGAAGUAUGAGAAAAAGAAACGUCGCUAUGACAAUGACAAAUGGGGUCGUAACAAUGAGAGUAAUGCUUUACGCAACUGGCAACUUAAAAUGAUGGAGAGGAAAAAGCAGCAGGGAUAUAUCUCAAAGUUACUACAGAAGAGUCCAGAAGAUCUUGCUAUGAAUCAGGCUGAUAACUACAGGGCAAUCCAGGAGGACAGAUAUAUCAUAGAUAGAACUAUCCCUGCUGUAGAUUAUGGAAAAGGAUUCCGUGUUGGAAGUGAGUUUUGGAAGCAACAGGAAAAGUUUGGUGAUGAUCUGACUGGUGUACAUGAAAGUAAGAAGCCUCUAUGGAUCCACACGUUAAGUUCCGGUCGCAGUAUGACCUUGACCCAGACAGAGAAAGGUUAUCCCCCACCCAUCGAGCAUAUUGGCCUCCCUGCCAAGAUUAGAGAAGAAAAAGGUUGGCACUGGGCUCCUACUCACACCCGCCCCAUGCAUUACCCGUGGCACAAGUCAGGCUACCUGGAGCAAAGGAAGAAGCAAUUGAACCAGUUUGAGGAGGAACUCGAUCCCCAUAAACCUGACUUUGAUGGUUUGGAAGUGAUUGGAACAGCCAACCCAUUUGGUGGAGAAGCUGACCAAUCAGGAGGCUCGUCUCAAAUGUUAAUGGAGAUGGAGAGACAGCCAGUCACAGAGAUGGAAAUGUUGGUAGAGGAUGAUGAUGACGACGAAGAGUUCACUGGUGAGAACCGUGGUACAAAUGACAGCAACCCUACCCCAGUAUUUGGCCCCUCUAUACAGUUUGCUGGUCAGGCGGCCCGGUGGACUGGUGACAGUUAUAGUUUUAAGGAUCAGGUUGGUAUCGAGGCUCGUGUAAACUUCGAGACUUUCUCUGGUGAUAGAGUGACCAGCUAUCUGACAAUAAUCAACAAUGGUACAACCUCUGUCUACUAUGACUGGAAGAAAAAGCCUAAAGAGAAUCCAUUUGAUUUAGCACAGGCAAAUGUACAGAGAUUUUACUUCAACAACAGUAGUGGUGUUAUUCUACCAGGGGAGACAAUGAAGUUUCCAUUUGUGUUUAAAUCUCCAAAUGCUGGAGUGUUCCAGGAACAAUGGCAGUUUGAGACUCGGCCUGUUGUAUGUGGGGGAGCUGACCUACUUGUGACUUUGAGAGGUAUAGCGUUUUCUGAGGACAAAUACAAGGGUCAGAGGCUUAAACUAGAGUCGGAGUUACAGACAAAGGAAGCAGAUCAGAUGAUGAGACAUAUCCUGGAGGAGAUUAUUGGAGGUAUGAGGACACCAGACAGGCCCUCCAGUCCUAUAGAUGCUUAUAUCACUGAGGAGGAAAUAUUCCAGAGAUGUAACCCUAAGUUACAUUAUCAUCAUGAUGGAGUACAAGAACUCAAGCAACUCCAUCUAGAACUUGUACCACUGGAGGAACGUGAUGGCCGAACAUGGGAUCUGAGCGUAGAUGACCUCAAAGAUGAAAUAUUGCAAAUGGAUGACGAUGAUGAACGGAAGGAAACAUUUCUACAUCAACUUAAUACUUGUGUUUCCAAGAUGUCAUUCAUACCCCAGAAACCUGUACACAAGCAACUCUACAAGGCAGGUUAUCAACUACUGGUAGAGGCUAUAGAUGAUAUGGUUGGUCAGUCUAUAGUAGUGAGACAGGUUAUGGGGUUACCAGACAAAGACUUUGAUGACUUUGGUGAUGAUACGAUUGGGCAAGGAUUGUCAGAUAAAGUACCUGGAAGUA